AUUUGCACCUUCACACCACUGCCUGCACGCCGGUGUGCGUAGGCCAGGGGCUCAGAGAGGCCGCACGAUAUAACACACACACACACACACACGCACGCACAUACUGUAUACGUCUAGUUACACAUUUGCACUUCACAACACUGCCUGCGCGCCGGUGUACGUAGGCCACGGGCGCUGACAACCUGCACGACAUAACACAUGGCGGUGAUAGAGACAGGACAGGCUCGUCACACUAGCACAUCACACACACACACACACUCACACACAUACACAGGCAAAAGUGGACGGUUGUUGGUCCAUGGGAUCUGAAUCCAAUGUUAACCUAUGGGUUCCUUGAGGACCUCAUGAUUUUACUGAGGGUGUUAUGUGUUUCCUGCUUUCGUGAAAAUUUCACGGGUUCCGCUAGUUAUUGUUAUUACUAUUUUUCUUUAUCAUUACUGUCAUUAUUUAUUUAUUUGUUUAUUUAUUUAUCAUUUUUGUUUUCUACUUUUAGAGAUGACUCUAAGACAUAUCAUGCUAACCUAAUGUCUUUGGUUGGAUGCACCUGGCUGUCCAGUGGGGACGGCGGCGAGAGAUUGGCUGUCUAUGUCCAUCGCCGCUUACCGCAUCCGCAGCUACACUAUCUCACGCACUGGUCACCAUCCCUCCACGUGCAAGACUCACGUCUGUUCUCCAACAAGGUGACAAAGAACCUUGGUGGGCGAACAGUACGUGUGCUGGCUGUCAAUCACGCACCAUCCGUGUUCUCCACCGCUGACACCAGUGGCCGCCUCCAUCAAAUUUCUGGAUUGGACAUUAAGGUGAUGGCUACUGGAUUGAUACUAUGUGGUUUCGUGGUGUCUGUGUUCUUCUCCAGUAAUCUGACGGCUUUCAUGACCGUAGUUGCCUUGCGUCCACCCUACACUUCAAUUGGACAGAUCAUACAGUCUCGACUGGAGGUGGGUGGUUAUAGCGACUUCUGGGUGCCUCUGUUCCGUGGUUCUGCCAACCCUCAAGUCCAGCGUCUAGGGGACAACUUCUACUUAUUCGACAACGUUUUUGAGUUCCUCAAACGUGUGAUCGAGGGACGAGGAGUGCUGGUGGAGAACACACAACACCUGCAGUACUUGCAGCAAACGUUUCUCAUCGACCACGUGGGACGCUCCUCUGUUAGAAUUAUGUUUGAGGAAUGCAUCAACCCUUUCGGUGUGGGUGCAAUGUUGACGAGAGACACACCUUAUAAACUGUCCUUCGAUGAGAUAAUCCAGAGACUACGCGAGGGUGGCCUUGUGAACCGGUUCUUUUGGGAGGUCGUGAGGGAACAGCGCUUUCAAGGUAACUCCAUUCUUUCUCUGGCCACAGAGGACCAAGAGAGGAGUGGUGUAGGUUCCCUGACUCUCAACCACCUCCAGGGUCCGUUUCUGGUACUGGGUGCGGGGCUGGGGAGUGCCUUGUUGCUGAUGCUUUUGAGAAUGGCUGCAGUCACCAUCCACAAAGGAGUUAGCCGAACUUCUUUUGUUGGCCGAUUGACAGAACAUAUCGGAACACACUUUAAUGACAUUUAAUACUGUGAAGGAAUCCAGUCAUAUGUGCUGAAUAAUUCACUAAAAUUCAUUAACAAAAGUUUUACGUUCUACUAGUCUGAACAAGCGCAAUGUUCCGCCCGGCCAUUCUUCCAGAACAUUUACAAUACUUAUUGCAUUUUCUCUUGUAAAAUGGCA